AGAGCUUCUCCGAUUGGAGGGGCGCUUGCGUCACUGACGAAGAAAACCGAACUUCCCCGAGCAGCCACUGUCAGUCUGGUAUGUAAACAAGGUCAGACACUGCACCACACAUUACCGAACGGUGGGACUUCUCACUUUACCAACAAAAAGAAAACCAAGAAAAUACCUGAAAAAGCUCUGUUUGAAGGAUACGAAAACUCAGAAGCCAAGAUGAUGCAGUGUUUUCAUUUCAUGGUAGAGCCGGCGAAAAACUUCACGGCCAAGAUUAAGGAAUCACACAAGAAGGCAAAGAAAGAGAAGAGGGAGUGUCUGGAUGAGGAUCAGCUGUUUGUUGUGGAACUGGCAAAAGACCUCAGCCGAGUGUGCCAGAGAUCAGCAGUCCUGGAGCACAUCUGGAACCAAGAUGACAUCUGGUCUACUUCUCUCUGCAGUAGCUUCAUCCUGCAGUGGGCAUCCAUGCUGGAGAGCAAGAGGAGGCCCAUGCAGACUGAUGGCUGGCCAGAGACGAACAAGGGCACACAACCUGAUCUGAUUAAUGUAAAUGACCUGCAGCAGGCCAAAACUGAGAUCUUGAACUGGGUCAAGGAUUUAAGAGCUCAGCCUGAGCAAAGCGUGUGGCCUGGAGAAUCAGUAGCAAAGGUCCUGGAGGACAUGCAGUCCGCCUGGCGCUGGGGCCGCGCUCCUAAUCUGCUGGCUGCAAUGGAAAUGGUUAUGUGGACUUUAAUUUUACAGCAACCUGAUAAGGAGACCAUUCCACAGCAGUGGCUUCUGUGGAAGCAGAAGACUCAGAAAAUUGGUGCUAUAUCCUACAUUCCUCAGCCAGUUUGGGACUGGGUCGCAGAUGCCUCAGUGGAGGUGACUCUGGAUCUGGACACCGCCAACCCUGAUCUGCUCAUCUCCACCGAUGAGAAGAGGAUGCGCUGUGGCUUUGAGAGGAAAGAUAUUCCCAACUACCACCAGCGCUUUGAUGGCUGGUGGUGCGCUGUUGGAAUGGAGGGCUUGGGCUCUGGUCGCCAUUACUGGGAGGCAGAGGUGGGAGAGCGUGACUGGCGACUGGGCGUGGCCAAAGAAUCAGCCCUGAGGAAGGGCUUCAAGUCCCUGAAUACAGAUACUGGGUACAUGACCCUUCGUCUGGAGAGAGGCUCUGAGCUGAAGGCGCUGACCGUGCCCUUCACCGCUCUGCCACCUGAGCUCAUCCCCCAUAAGGUGGGCAUCUACCUUGACUACGACAACUGCCAGCUGUCUUUCUAUGACGUAGAUAAACAUUCACACAUUUAUACCUACAACGAGACCUUUACUGAGAGGCUGUUCCCCUUGUUUGGUACGGUGGAGAUUGUUAAGGAUCUGGUGAUCAGGUCUCCAGCACCCAAGACCCACUGUCUCUGCCCCACGUCCUGCCUGUGGGCUUGAGUUUUCUCUGUAAGAUGUGCUCAUAGGAACCAGUUGGCACCAUGAAACCAUAUGUAUAACAAACCAGAAUCACUGAGAGAAAUCCUGUGUAAAAGACCAUCAUUGUAUCAGCUAUCCAAUAGCUCCACUAUGUGACCACUCUGUAUGCUACUUCUGCUUUAAUGUGAUUGCUGCUACCCCUUCUCUCUAUAGAGUUAUAUUGCUAAUCUUUGCUUAAAUGUAUUUUCAUAUAUCUGAGAAGGAGCCCAUUGUUCUAAUUUUAUGUAAUGUGCAAUAUUAAUCCUGCACCAAGAAUGCACUUCUGUGAAUAAUAAAUAAACCAAAUCCAGUCUUAA